CCCUUCCCUUCCCUUCCCUUCCCUUUCACUUUCAGUGGCAUCUUCGUAAAUCUAUCAACUCUCCGCCUUCGAAUUAUAUUCGUCUCAUGUAUUUAGCUCACCUUCCCAGAACUAACCUACUGUAUCUGCAGCUCUCUGACUCCUCUGUCUCUCUUUCUCCACCGCCAUAGCCACACUUAGAUAGAAGGAAUCUCGCCAAAAAUCUUAUUCAAGUCGAUUAGCACUCUUUUUAAGGCAACAAUUUCUCAGACAAAAGUGUCCGGUGGUUCCGGGCGCGUGGUGAUUAAUUUCUCACGGAGGUGAUGACGACGGGGACGAGAAUGCCUACCUGGAAAGAGAGGGAUAACAAUAAGAGGAGAGAGAGGAGACGGCGAGCUAUUGCUGCGAAGAUCUAUGCAGGUCUUCGUAUGUACGGCAACUACAAGCUCCCUAAGCACUGCGACAACAACGAGGUGCUCAAAGCUCUCUGCAACGAGGCCGGCUGGAUCGUUCAAGAGGAUGGCACCACCUACAGAAAGGGUUGCAAACCUGUUAAACGAAUGGACAUGGGAGGGUCUACAUCAGCGAGUCCGUGCUCAUCGUACCAACCAAGUCCAUGUGCAUCCUACAAUCCAAGUCCAGCCUCUUCUUCUUUCCCAAGCCCUGUCUCAUCUCGUUACAUCUCCAAUGCCAGUGGCAAUGCUGAUGCCAAUUCCCUUAUUCCAUGGUUCAAGAACCUUUCUUCUAGCUCAUCUUCAGUCGCAUCCAAACUGCCCCACCACCUUUACAUGCAUGCAGGCUCUGUAAGUGCUCCAGUGACCCCUCCAUUGAGCUCCCCAACAUGCAGAACUCCCCGUACCCCAAAUGACUGGGAUGAUACAACCACAGGCCCAGCUUGGUCAGGGCAGAACUAUUCUAUCCUACCCUCAUCUACCCCACCUAGUCCUGGCCGCCAGGUCCUGCCUGAUCCUGAAUGGCUUGCUGGUCUCCGGAUCCCCGAAAGUGGGCCAUCGUCUCCAACAUUCAGCCUCGUCUCUCGAAAUCCAUUUGGCUUCAAAGACGAACCCUUAUCAGGCGCAGGCUCUCGAAUGUGGAGUCCGAUGCAAAGUGGUACAUGCUCUCCGGCAGUUGCUGCAGGUGUGGAAAAUACAGCAGAUGUUCCAAUGUCCGAUGAGAUUGUAGCCGAGUUUGCAUUCGGCAGUAAUGCGAUAGGCUUCGUGAAGCCGUGGGAGGGAGAGAGGAUACAUGAGGAAUGCAUAUCUGACGAUCUUGAACUUACUCUUGGGAAUUCAAAAAGCAGAUAAGAGGGGUAUGUUGGAAGAAGAAGUGAGAGAUCCAUUGAUGAGUCUCUUGAUUUGGCUGCUUCUUUUAUUGUGCAAAGUGUGUGCUGAUUAUUCAGAAUUAUGCGUCGUCUCAGUUUUGCAAGGCAGCUGACUUAGAAAGUACAGUGUGGAGGAUUAUAUUAUUACCCCUUUUUUCAUUCAUUUCUUUCUCUCUUUGUUUUUUCCUUUCGAAAGACGACCACAAUUUUAAAAUCUAAGUUAUAAAAGUAUACCUCGUGUUGACUAUGCCCUCUUUUGUUUAUCCUUCCAUUCCUUUUUUCUUAGAAUUUUUCCCUAGUAUCCACACAACACAUUUAUAUUGUUAUUCCAAUGGAUUUGUGUGAUUUUAAUUUUUUUGACUGAGAGCGAUUUGGAAUGGCGAUAUAUACAAAAGUUCUCUCAGACCAUAUUUUGAGGGUAUGAAUUAGUGAAAUGAUAAGUCGGUUUC